UCUGGGCCGGCAGGACCGGGCCAGCAGACCUGGGUUCUGGAACGUCGGGGACCGCGGUAGAUGGAAUGGCUGUCCCCGAAGGCGGGGCGGGGUCCCCACCCCGGGGUCCCGGCCAGGGGCCGGAGGGAGAGGAGGCUCUGGACCCCGGCCAGCAUGGCUGGCUGAGGAAGGCCCGGGAGUUCUUCCAGACCUGUGACACGGAGGGCAAAGGCUUCAUCGCCAGACAAGACCUGCAGAAGCUUCACCAGGAGCUGCCCCUGAGCCUGGCGGAGCUGGAGGCUGUGUUCAGUGCCCUGGACGCCGACGGCGAUGGCUUCCUGACUCCGGAGGAGUUCACCACUGGGUUUAGCCAUUUCUUCAGCCAGAACUCACCGGAAGGGGCAGGCCGGGCCCUGCUGAGCGAGGAGAAGGUGUACCAGUCCCCGGGGGACGGGGGAGACGCGGGCCAGGACGAGGAAGCCCAGUUCCACAUGCUGAUGGACAAACUCAGAGCCCAGAACGUUCUAGAAGACGAAGGUGGCGUCAGACAGCUCUGGCUGCGGCUGAGGAAGGAGCCACACUUGCGGUCGGGCUUGGAAGACUUCCUGUCCAGAAUCCUCUCGCAGCUCCAAGAGGCCCAGGAGGAGAAGAGCGAGCUGGAGUGCGCACUGCAAAGGAAGAUUGCCGCUUACGACAAUGAGAUCCAGCACCUGUAUGAGGAGAUGGAGGAGCAGAUACAGAAGGAGCGAGAGCAGUUCCUGCUGAAGGACAGGGAGAGGUUCGAGGCUCAGAGUCGGGAGCUGGAAAGGCAGCUGCAGAUCAAGGAGCAGGAGCUGGAGAGACUCCACCAGAAACAGAGCCAGCUGAAAGGCCGGUGCGCGGCCCUGCAAAGCGAAGGCCACCAACGCAGCUCUGAGAAUGCCCGGUUGAAGCUGAGCAACCAGGAGCUGGCGGCCGAGCUGGACAGGACCGGCCAUGAGCUGCGAGAGGCCCAAGCGCAGCUGGAGAGUCUGCAGCACGAGGCCCGCCGGCUGCACCGGGAGAAGGAGAUGGAAGUGUAUCGCGUGUCAGAGAGCCUGCAGCGUGAGAAGUUGGGGCUCCUGAAGCAGCUGGAUUUCCUGAGGGAAAGGAACAAACACCUGCGGGAUGAGCGUGAUGAGCGUGACGCGCGUGUGCAGAGGGACAAGGCGUCCAGGGCAAAGGCGGCGGCCUCUAAGGCCAGCUGGAAGCAGAGGUCCGGCUCGGUGAUCGGCAAAUACCUGGACGGGCGAGGGCUGCUCCGCAGCCGGUCGGAGGAGGAGGAGGAGGAGAAGGAGGAGGAAGAGGAGGAGGAGGAGGUGUUCGGCCUGCCCCCUGGGAGGCGAAGCUCUCUGGGCCCGCGUGGGGGCCCAGCUGUGGAAGAAGAGCCGGGGCUGGGGGAGCGGGGGGCCGGGGGGCCCCGCAGGCCCCUGGGCAGGAUCAUCUCCAUUGAGGAGGACCCCCUGCCCCAGCUCCUGGGAGGCGGCUGUGCACGGCCGCUGAGGGAAUGUGCCCAGGCAGAGGAGGAGGCUGAGGCUCCGGGCCUCCGGGAGGCUCCCUGCGUGGGCCUGGGACCCGUGGCCGCACCCCGGGCCCAGCCUGUGGGAAAAGAAGCCCUCAGCAAGGAGGAGCGCCCGCGCGCGGCCCCGGACCGGCUCUUCAAGGUGGUGCUGGUGGGCGACUCGGCCGUGGGCAAAACCUCGCUGCUGCAGCGGCUGUGCGAGCGGCGCUGCGCGCCCGGCGCGGCGGCCACCGUGG